AGCAAGGCGAGCUCUGCCCGCAGGUCCAGGGGCCGCAGGAUCCCCACGGACGACAAGGAGGGGAGGGGAAGGGCCGGGAGGCUUGUGCCCUCUCCAGGGGCACUCUGGGGGCACCGGCUGCUCGCGGCUCCAGGAACACUCUGAGCAGUGAGGCAGGGAGCAGGGGACAGCAGGAGUGGGUGGCAGGGGGCCAGUGGGGCGGCAGAAGCAGGGGGCAGGGGAAUCACAAUAGACAGCAGGACUGUGGCUGGUCUGCUUCCCCCCGGCAGCGAGGAAGGGGAGAUCCCGGCUCCAGCCCAGGAAGCUGUCAGGGAAGUUCACACAGUCUCCAGUGGGCUUCGUGCUGCAGCCCCCCAGACACGGCAGGCGGGUGGAGACCCUCAGAAGCUUUCUGAUCUCCUGGGGAAACCAAGGCAUCCGGGCGGCCGCCUGCACAAGCCACCACUGCCGUCACCCAGCGGGAAGCAGCAGCCAUGGAUGAGGUGACGGAGCUGGAGCUGGGGGGCAACUCCCUCCUGAAGGCCGUGUGGCUGGGCCGGCUGCGGCUGACCCGGCUGCUGCUGGAGGGGGGGGCUUACAUCAACGAGAGCAACGACAAGGGGGAGACAGCGCUGAUGGUGGCCUGCAUCACCACGCACGUCGACCAGCAGAGCAUCCACAAGGCCAAGAUGGUGAAGUAUCUGCUAGACAACAGAGCCGACCCAAACAUCCAGGACAAGUCUGGGAAAACCGCCCUCAUGCACGCCUGCAUCCGAGGGGCUGGGGGGGACGUGGUGUCCCUGCUGCUGGAGAGCGGGGCAGACCCCAGCCUGGAGGACCACUCAGGAGCCUCUGCGCUGGUCCACGCCAUCAAUGCCGAGGACAAGGCUGUGCUGCAGCACCUCCUGAAUGCCUGCAGAGCCAAGGGGAAAGAGGUGAUCAUCAUCACCAUGGACACAUCAGCCUCUGGCACCAAGACGGCCAAGCAGUACCUGAACGUUGCCCCUGCGCUGGAGUUCAAGGAGAAGGCUCCCCUCGAGGAGAGCACAGCCCCCUCCAGUGCCCACCUGAAAACUCCUGUCUCAGCACCUUCCCCUGCUGAGAAGGAGAGCAGCAAUCUCACCCCACAAUCUCACGCUGGGGACACUGGGCCACCCUCCCCAGGCCAGAGAGCUGGCACUGCCAGGAGAGCCCACCUGCCCCGGCUGAAGCGACUGCGGUCAGAGCCGUGGGGCCUGGUGGCACCCUCGGUGCUGGCGGCCUCCGGUCACCGCGACGACACGCGGGCCUGCGCUGACAGCGAGGUCAUCACGGGCAUCGGCGACCUCUCGCUCUCCAAAAAGCCCCCCCUCACCCGGAGCAGCAGCAGCAAGGGAAGGGACCCCUCUCUCUUCCCGCCCGUGGAUGAGCAGGCGCUGGGGCCACUGGCAUGGAAAGCCACGCACGAGAAGAGCCCAGGCACCCACCCGUGCCUGUCCCGGAGCAGCACGGUCCCGGAGGAGCUGGAGAGCACCGGCACGGCCGCCAGCUCAGCUGCAGGGAGGGACACCCCGCACUGGUGGAGGCCGGGCAGCGAACACGACGGGGACUCGCAGGUCACCGAGGCGGGGAAGGGGCCGCCCGAGCGGCGGAGGCUGAGCGGGUCCCAGCUGGCCCUGCUGGAUGGCUGCUGGGACUCUCCCUCCGGCAGCACCAGCACAUCGCCCAGCUCCGGCCGGCGCCGGCCACCCGGCUUGCUGGAGAGGCGAGGAUCCGGGACCCUGCUGCUGGACCACAUCUCCCACACAAGGCCGGGAUAUCUGCCCCCCUUGAACGUGAACCCCAACCCCCCGAUUCCCGACAUUGGCUCCAGCAAAGCCCCCUCCCCGCUGGCUGCUGGGCUGAAGCCGCUGGUACCCCUCACACCCAGCUCGCCCAGGCGGGGCGAUCUGAGAGCCCACAGGAAGCUCCUCCGCAGACAUUCCAUGCAGGCAGAGCAGAUGCGGCAGCUCUCCGAUUUUGAGGAGGUCGUGGCGCAGUAGCCGUGCCACCAUUUGUUCACAGGGAGGUGGCCAAAGCCGUGCUGUCCCCGCAGAGACGGGACGGUUCCCACACAGAGUGGGCACUGGCUCCGGGGACACACGGGUGGCCAGGGGCACUCAGCCCUGAGCCCAGGGGCUGAAUCGCGAGCGGGGUGAUCGGGAGAUCGAUCCCCCGCCGUCCUAGAUCGCCAAGCUCCGUGCCAGGGAUCCCACCCGCGGUUCACUUACUCAUCACUAGCUUCGAUCCGCUUUUCUCACAUCCUGCUCGUUCUCUCACCGAAUCCCGUCCCGGAGCCCCCGGUGGUGACCCCUGGGGCCGAGGCGUUCAUGAAGUGCCUUCCAGGAGGGGAAGGGGCUCGGUACGGCGGGGGUUCGAGGGGCGGAACACCGUUGCAGCCGCGGACCGUGUCGGUGCUCGCCCGGAGCGGGAGAGGGAGACAACGCUCCACCACCGAGAUUCCCGAGCGCGCCGGAGCCCCGGCGGCCGAGCUCACCCGGCACCGCUGCAGCCUCGGCUGCGGGCCGGGACGGGCUUGUCUCGGCUCCGAAGGGUCUGAACUUCACGCGGUUCAUUCCCCGCCACGCCGAGGAGCUCUGGAUUCAGGAAGCGCCGAAUCCCCCGAGCAGGAUGGUCCCAGCCCGGCGGCACGGGAUCGUCCGCCAGCGGCGGGGAACCCGGGAUGCCAAGUCACCGAGGGUGCCACGGGCUGACCCCAGGGCUUCAUCCCGCCGGGAAAGUCGCAGGCACCACGGCAGGGCCAAGACCCCGCGGGGCCGCAGCCCCACGGCUCAGCCCACGCACGCCGGGCCGCGGGCCGGCCGUGUGCCGCGGCUGCCGGCAGAUCCACGAAUGCGUUUGUUCACGAGCCUGCGUGUGCGCAGGGGGGCAGGGGCAGGGGUGGGUGACACCGUGCUCCUGCGGAGACUUCUGCACUGGUUUCGCACUGCAUUAAUAAAGCGCUCAGCUUUGGACGGAG